AUGGAAGAAUCGUUAGACGGACGCGAGGCGAGCACCAGCGCCGGGUUUGAUUCCGCGGCCAUCUUGAAUGAUGACGUAUCGCCCACCACAAGUUUCUGUUACAACAUUCCUAAUCUUUUUAAUGGGCUAGGUCCAGGUUCGGUACUCUGCGACCGGCCGGAAACAGAAAGCAGCGAGUAUGCAACCGCUGAGCAUACGGAGGACGUAACAGAGACACAGCAGUAUGAAGAUGACGAGGAAUAUUCACCAAGCUCCAAUUCAAAGAGCGACGUUCCGAAACGUAAACAGAGAAGAUACAGGACAACGUUUUCUAAUAUACAACUGGAGCAGCUGGAGGCGGCGUUUCAUAAAACACAUUAUCCCGAUGUUUUCUUCAGGGAAGAGCUCGCUAUGCGGAUAGAUCUUACCGAAGCAAGGGUACAGGUGUGGUUUCAAAACCGUCGUGCGAAGUGGCGCAAGCAGCAGAAAGCAGGCUGUGAUAGUUACCCGGGCCGCGGCGGACGCUCCCCUGACCCUCGCUCACCUUCUGCACUGGCGCUGGAGAUGAGGGACUUCAUUACAAUACCUGUGUCAUCACCACAAGUCAUCAAUUUAGCUGAAUCUUCAAACAUAAGUAACUACGGAUCUAAAAGUAAGCAGCCAGCACCAGCUAUCCACAUAUCCGCGCUCCCAACCAGACAAAACUCUCAAAUGGAUCUUCCUUCCUUCUCUAUACCGCUUCAAUAUAAUCUCGGUAGCUUUAAAAAGAUCGGAGAAGAUGUACACUUAGAUCUAGAAGCUUCUACGUCCGAAAAUGUAGUUCCAAAUCAUUGGGACUCUAGAAUGGUAGCUAAUUAUAAUUUAAUGAAUAUAAAACCGUUAUUGGAGACUCGCGAAGGUAUAGAUAUGUCUGAACUGAAAUAUGAAGUUAAAAAUGAGAGUGUAAAUAGGAUUAAUUUUAAUGAAAUACCAGACACGUCUAUUCCUAGUGCAAAUAUAGAAGCAGAAGAUAUACUUGGAAAGGAAACCGUUAACGAAGGACAGACAAUAUCACCUGAUUUUGAAAUAGAGAGAUAUCAAAAUUACACUAACGAAACUGGGAAACGGUUCAGAGAAACAACUUUCGAUGAAAAUAUCAUUGAAGAUGGAAGAAAUGAUUUUGUAUGCGAUAGUGAUUUCUUGUGCAAGAAUAAUUAUGACAAAGUUGAAGAGAAACGCAAUGAAUAUGAGGACUGUCAUCUUCUAGAUGCGGAUAGUAAUGUUGGUAUGAAUAAUUUUGAGAAUAAUUUAUAA